GUUGGCCCACAACCAGUACGCAUCCAGUGCCCUCCAGAAGCGAGCAUCCAGAGAGAGAUAGGGGAAGUGACUCUCCGACACUCCUCAGGCUGUGCUGUGUGGCUCGUGAACGCUUCAACAACCCACCAAAGGUAGACGAGACAUUCUUCGGCUUUUCUCCGUCAGAAAAGAGUGACUCAUUCAACAUGAAGGUGUUGGUGUUGUUCCUAUUCGUGGUCACGGUGGUCGUGGCGACAGGGGAAGCCGAGAGCAAGAAGAAGAAGGUCGAAGGCUGUCUCUUUAACGGAGUCGUCCACAAGUCUGGGGACAUUGCAUACGAGGACAAAUCCCACUGCCUUCGCCUGAGGUGCGUCAGAAGGACAAACAAGAAGGGGAAGACGAAGUACCUUCUCAAGACCAAACCAUUCAAGGGCUGCAGGUGCUCUGUACCAUGCCCCAAAUGCAGCUCCAGCUGGGAACCAGUGUGUGGCACCAACAACAAAACCUACGUGAACGGAUGCCAGUUGUGGGGAACAGCAACGCCUUGUGGAAGAGUCCAGACAGACCUCCUGCACGAGGGAGAAUGUGGAAAAUGCCCAACCGCCUGCCCGGAAAUCCAGAAGCCCGUGUGUGGCACAGAUAAGGUGACUUACGACAACGAGUGCCAGCUCUUGAAGGCUGCCUGCAACUCUUCAUACCUGAAGGUGGCACAUAAGGUUGCUUGUGAGGACGCCCCUGAAGUCCCAGGCCCAAGCAGCCAGUGCAAGUACAACAACAAGAAAUACGACCUGGGCGAGACGAUCGAGUACCUGGGCACCUUCUGCCUGGAAAUAUCUUGCCAGAUACAAUCCAGCGGAAAGCAGAAAAAGCCUGCAGUCGUCUUCAGAGAUUUCUGGGGUUCCAGAUCAUGCGAAUGCGCAAAUACAGUGAAGACUGAGAAGAAAAUGAAGAGAAAGAAGUCGUUCUAGAUCGGAAGCCAUCUGAGAAACUUCACUAUAGUAUAUAUUUUUUUAAGAUAGGGUUUGCACUCUGUUCACUGUUUAUUAAUAUUAUUAUCAUUAUUAAUAUUAAUUAUCAUUAUUAUUGUCACAUAAUUUAAACUUUUUUUUACAAUAUCCAGUUUCACUUCUCUUAUUGUUUUUGUAUAUCGUUCUAGGCUAGGCCACAUGAUUACUGCUUGUUGUAGUUGAAUACUUCAAUACUGUAAAGAAAAAAUACUUCAA